GGGGGUUAAAACGGUGCAAUCACCAUUCCACAGGCGCAGUUUACGGUAGUAGCCGAGGACAUGCACACGGAGUUGUUGGAGGAAGCCUGGUACACAACUCAUAUGCACGAUGGAAGAGCCUGUGGUGUCUGACAUUAUGCUUGUCAAGGGCGUCAAGUGCCCUAAGGGAUAUAUGCUUCUCAAUUUGUCGCCGAAGGGACAUUUUGCCUCUCUAACCCGCAAAUCUUAUACCAGGGCGGACAUAUUUCUAUGCGUUAAGAUGGAGUUGGAGCCGACAAACAUUAUAACGGAUGUCACAUGUAUUGAUAUGGGCAAGGAACCCGUUCCGAACGGGUUCACAUUGGUGGAAUCAAGGGCAGGUGGAGUUCGCACAAUGGUCGCUGUGAAGAGGUCUCCAGUUGAUGAAGCGAGUCAUAUGGUGACCAAAAUAUGCGCAACCUUGCCGAAAAAGGAAGCACUAGACAGAGAUUGGCGCGUACACAAGAAGAAUUUAGGGGACGAUGUGCAUCUGGGCUACAAGCGGAUAGUAUUGAGCCGUGGCGCGUCAACCGGAGGGCCGCCGCGGCCAGCACAGUCGCCUAUGGCAUCGUCACAAGUUCCAGAAAGGCCUAGUUCGGUCUAUUCAUCGAUUUCACAGGCCGGCGCGGAUGAGAGCGCAACUUCAGGGCUAUACCCAAGUGUCUCUGGCAAACCCGGAAUGCCAUCACCUGUGCCUGUGGGUGCUAUGUGGGAGGAACAGCCACCUGUGGCCCAAUCACGGAGGAAUGAUUUGCAAUAUCCAGCUCUCGAAGGAAUCACAGUCGACUUCGAAGCGCCGGAAUCUGCGGCAGGGCUAGCAUCAAGUAAUGCCGAUCUUUCGAUGAAAGAGAUGGAGAUGGAAUUACCGACGCCGAUGGACCUAUCAUUCGACUUCUCAGUAGAGACAAAAUACUUGCAAGAUCAGUGAUGAAGAAUGGAAACCAAUUAUAGAGGGGUGGCAUGCGACGUCGAAGGGACGCAUCAUGAACCGCCAAGUCAACGUGUCGGCAUUAGUCGCAAUCAAAAUUAAAACAAAAUUAAAACACCUGUGUAGGAAUUAAC